AUGCUUUAUCGACCCAAUGCGGUCUAUGUCGCCCGGUUCAAUCCUUACUUCACCCACGGCAUUCAGGUCGUUUAUGGCGGCAAGACCUGCCAAAACGAACUGGUGCAGCGUCAGAAGUAUUCUGCCUACCAUAAGGAUCUCGGCCGAGGGAAGCAGAUGAAGGAAUCACACGCUCUAUUUCCGAAGGCGGAGUUCAUGGACUGUCCGGAGGCUGGCAGAUGGUCCCUCUGCGUUCUGGAUAGCGAUGCGCUCCAGAACCAGAUCAUCGCCGCCAAGUUGGGGCAGGUUCUGUUCGACAUCGCCUUCCUGGCAAUGGACAAAAGCAUGAUCGCGAGCAUAGCCAAGGUUGCUGCGGACACGGCCAUGCAAUUGUACCAGUAG